AAGGAGUUGAGGAGUUUCAAACGAAGCUCCUCCCUCGUCUUAGAGCAGGACAAAUCAGCAUUCUGCAGAGAUGGACACUCUUUAAGGAAUCAAUGGUGUAGACAUUGUCCUGGUUGAGCUUUAGCAGAAAUUGUUAAGCAGGGAUGAAGUUUUCUCAGAGUCCGGUAUCCAAAUCCCUUCUGGACAUGGAUGUAGCUAAUUACUGUGAAGGCCUGGACCCCACCUAUAGCACGCUGAGCUUUGAGAAUGCUGAUAUGCUGUACAGCGGGGAAAGCAUGCCAACAGAGCCCAGCAUCAGCCAUGGGGAUAAUGGCGUGAUCUCCAACUGUGCCAUCUGUGGGGACAAGGCCACAGGCAAGCACUACGGCGCGUCUAGCUGUGACGGCUGCAAGGGCUUUUUCCGCAGGAGCAUCAGGAAGAGCCACGUCUACUCGUGCAGGUUCAGUCGCCAGUGCGUCAUCGACAAAGACAAGAGGAAUCAGUGCCGCUUCUGCAGGCUUCACAAAUGCUUUCGAGCUGGAAUGAAGAAAGAAGCUGUGCAGAAUGAACGGGAUCGUAUCAGCUCCAGGAGAAGCACACCGGACUCACAUGACCUUCCGCCUAUCACUGUGCUGGCGCAGGCAGAGACCCUUUCACAACAGAUUGGCGUCGCCAGUCCGACCGGCUCCGCGGAUAUCUCCGAGAAGAAAUCAGCCGCCGUCGGGGACGUGUGCGAGUCUAUGAAGCAACAGCUGCUUGUUCUGGUAGAGUGGGCUAAAUACAUCCCGGCCUUCGGCGAAUUGCCUCUUGACGACCAGGUCAGUUUAUUACGAGCGCACGCAGGAGAACAUCUUCUGCUCGGAGUGGCCAAGCGGUCAAUGCCAUACAAAGACGUCCUGCUGCUCGGUAAUGGCUGUGUCAUUCACCGAAAUUGCCCCGAGGCGGAGAUCAGCCGAGUUGCUAACCGCGUCCUUGACGAAUUGGUCUCACCCUUCCAAGACAUACAGAUUGAUGACAAUGAAUACGCAGCUCUCAAAGCCAUUGUUUUUUUUGACCCUGAUGCCAAAAGCCUCAGAGAUCCCUCGAAGAUAAAAAGCAUGAGGUGCCAGGUUCAGAUGAGUCUUGAAGACUACAUUAAUGACCGUCAGUACGACUCUCGUGGGCGCUUUGGCGAGCUACUGCUGCUUCUCCCUACUCUGCAGAGCAUCACCUGGCAGAUGAUCGAGCAGCUCCAGUUCAUCAAACUCUUUGGCCUGGCCAAGAUCGACAACCUGCUGCAAGAGAUGCUGCUAGGAGGUCUGACCACAGAGCAGCCUUACUUGCACCACCACGGCCACCCCCAGCUCGCCCAGGAUCCAAUCACGGGCCAAACGUUAGUCAUCAGCUCCAUUUCAGGCCCUCUGCAUGCACAGCAAAUAGCUUCUCCAGACACCCCAAUCCCAUCUCCUCCUCAGGUUCAGAGUCAGGAGAUCUAUAAGGCCUCCUCUAGUCCUACACUCUUAAUGCCGACACAGCCCAUCUCCAACAGACCCUCUCCUGAGCCACCACUCUGAGGCAUAAAAUGGUGUCCUUGCAUCAUUAAUAAUUGUAUUUGAGCUGUAUCCUGGUGUGUGUUUGUAAAUGUGUAAAUAGUUUGAGAUGGUUAAAAAAAACAAAAAACAGAUCAGUAUAAUUUUAAAAAUCUUUGAGACCAUUGAUGUUACAGUGCUGUGAAAAAGUAUCCUGAUUUCUAAGAUAAAACAAACAUGAGUGAAUACCAAAAGCGGUUUUUAAAUGAUAAUGUUAUUUAUUGAAGCAAAAAAACUACCAGCUGGGCCUGUGUGAAAAUGUAUUUGUAUAGUUGUCAUAGUUACUAAUUCCCCAAAUCUAAGAAACUGUUCAUAAUGGGGUUCAGCUGGACUAGAUGCAACCAGGCUUGAUCACUGCAAACCCUGUUCUAUCAAAUCAACACUUAAAUAGAACUUUUUCAACAGCAUGAAGUUGGUUAAAAGGUUUUACCAGUAACACAAUAUGCCAAGAAAUUCCAGAAAUGAUGUGGAAGAAGGUGAUUGAAAUACAUCAGGCUGGGAAGGGUUACAAAGCUAUUUCAAAGUCUCUGGGACUCCAAAGAACCACAGUGAGAAAAAAAACUCGCCACAGUAGUGAACCUUCCCAGAAGUGGCCGACCUUCCAAGAUUCCUCCAAGAACACAGCAACGACUCAUGGAAAAAGUGGAACUGUUUGGAAGACAGGGGUCCCGUUACAAAUCCUAAAGGAGAAUGUCUGGUCUUCAGUCCGUAAAUUGAAACUCAGGCACAACUGGAUUAUGCAGCAAGACAAUGAUCCAAAGCAUAGGAGUAAGUCCACCUCUGAAUGGCUCAGAAAAAGUUAAGUUAAAGUUUUGGAGUGGCCUAGUCAAAGUCCUGACUUUAACCAACUGAGAUGCUGUUACAGACCUCGAACGAAAACCCUUCAGUGUGGCUGAACUAAAGCAGUUCUGCAAAGAAGAGUCGGCCAGAAUUCCAGCACAGUGCUGUGAACGACCGAUCUCCAGUUAUCAAAAGCCUUUGACUGCAGUUAUUGCUGCUAAAGAUGGCACAACCAGAUUUUAAGUUUAAGGGGGAAAUUAGUUUUUCAUAUGAAUGAUGUGUUGGAUAUUUUUUUUCUGCAAUAACAAAAAACCUUAUUGUGUUUUUACUCAGGUUGCCUUUGUUUUAAGCUGCAUUUCGUUUUAAAAUCAAAAACUAUUUAGUAUGAGAUAUACACAAAUACAGAAAGAAUCUGGAUGGGGCCCAAAUACUUUUUCACAGCACUGUAUGUAGUGACUCACAAAAAUGUCCUAUAACAUGUAAUAUUAAUAAUACUAAUAAUCACAGAAGCAGAUACAUGUUUGAAAUCAUGAAAUGAUGUAAAUAUGAUUCGAAAAUUUUUAAUUGAAUGUAGAAUAGAUAAAGGACAUACAAGUUAUUUAACUUCAAGCUUGUAACCUGUGGAAUUUCAAGCUAUAGUAUGUCGGUGUAUUUAUGAUUAUGUUUUAAUAAACCACACAUUUCAAUGGC